CGUCUCCUAUCUGUGUGCCGUUCUGAAGGUCCCAUAAUCUGAGCGAGCCGUCCCUUGAACAAGUGAUGAUCCGCCGUCCAUCGCGCAAGUGUGCAACACCUUCUAUCAAGCUGGUAUGGCCUCGCAUCGUCUGGCAAGGCGUGACCGCCCGUGUACGUUGUUUCUUACUGAUCGGCAUAGACAUGUUGGUGCUUGGGGUCUCAGCCAGCAGAUUGUGAACUAUGUAUUAGCCCGCAGGAAGUUUUGAAUUGAGACGGUUUAUCCGGCAAGGCAAAGAUCCCUUGUCAGUGACGAGGAGAAAGACUGCUUAUAUGAUUUCGGUCCUGACACACGGAAAGGCUUCAAGGACUAUGUGUGCAGGAGCUGCUGCAGUGUUAAGAGGCUCCCUUCAGGCGAACUCGGCGCUUUCAAUGACCACUCAAAGGCACAGGCUGGGACAGUGGGUUAUCUGGUUUGGAGUUGGGGAAUUAAUGCACUAUUUUAUCAUAUCGUGGUGUAUUACAUGCGUUAACGCUAUGAUACCUUGUAUUCAUUUGACAGGUUAUGUGCUGUGUGGAUAAAAUGCUCAGCAGGCGCUAUGUACAAUGUAUCAUUCCCAGGACCGACUUGAUUGACAGGGCACUGCCGUGUAUCUAUUUUCAAACCGAUGCGUUUCUUGGCACGUUUGCAGGGCAGUGCGAUAUCCUUCUUGUCCAUCACUUGAUAGUCAAUUUCGCUG